GUGUGGGCUCCCAGCGCGGCUCCGCGGGCAGCCUGACCGAGGCCUCGGACACGGCGGGAGGGAAGCCUUCUCUGAGGGAAUUCAAAUGGCCACAGAAAAGUCCAGUGUGAGAGUAGUGGCUUUGGGGCGCAAUCAGCCCCUGAAGAAAGAAAAGCCCAAAUGGAAAAGUGAUUAUCCAAUGACAGACGGACAGUUACGCAGUAAGAGAGACGAGUUCUGGGACACGGCUCCUGCCUUCGAAGGUCGAAAGGAGAUCUGGGAUGCUCUCAAGGCUGCAGCACAUGCUUUUGAAGGCAAUGAUCAUGAACUCGCCCAGGCAAUCAUUGAUGGUGCAAAUAUAACCCUACCACACGGAGCCCUUACCGAAUGUUAUGAUGAGCUGGGGAAUAGGUAUCAGCUUCCAGUCUACUGCCUAGCACCUCCGAUCAACAUGAUUGAAGAGAAAAGUGACUUAGAGACACUAGACAUCCCUGAACCACCUCCCAAUUCUGGACACGAAUGUCAGCUCAGACUGCGUCUCUCUACAGGCAAGGACUUGAAACUUGCCGUCCGCAGCACGGACACGGUUUAUCAUAUGAAACGGCGUUUGCACACAGCGGAGGGAGUCGAGCCCUUCAGCCAGCGAUGGUUCUUUUCUGGCCGACCUCUGACAGACAAAAUGAAAUUAGAGGAACUGAAAAUUCCUAAGGACUAUGUGGUGCAGGUCAUCAUCAGUCAGCCUCUGCAGACCCCGACCCCUGUGGAAAACUGACUGUCCUUUUCUGACCCCUCCCUCCCUCAUUAGGCUUUUUUUUUACCCUUUCUACACAAGAACUUGUAUUGAAUAUCACUUGUGUGGUCCCAUCUGUGAUGAGGCCUUCUGCAAUGGUGAUCUUGUGGAUGCAUUUAAGUGUAGAGCAAACCAAUCUAGCCAGAGAGCGACUCAGGAGAGGCUCAAGUUCAUUCUGAUCCUUCAACGGAUGCAUUACAUUGAACAUUUCAGAUUUCUUUUUGACAACUGAAAGUGUUUCCUUAAGUCACAAAGUUGCAGGUAGUCCUUUAUUUGCUUAUCUCGUCCAUCUUUCAGAUCUUUCAAUUCAGGGACGUAGUUAUGUCCGUGGAAACGUUUUUUUUUAAAUAGAAGGUGUGACUUCACUAUUUUAGCUGCAGUGCUACAGUGUUCAGUUGUGAAAAAAAUCCAUAUUUUUAACAAUAUUUUGUAAACGUUUUGAGCAGCAGUUGGAAUAAUGUGUGAGACUGAACCACGUGGAAGUUUUUUUUUCAAGGUUUCGAUUAUUAUUGAUGAAAUACAGUGUUACUUUCAGCAGGCGCACAUGUUGUAGGAAAUUGAGCCUCUUUAUUCAUAAAAUACUGACUAACAUUUGAGAAUUUAGAAUACAGCAUAAUGUAUGAAUCUCUACUGGAAUAUCCUGUUAAUAAAGAAAUCUAAUUGUUCUACAGGAUCCAGGUUCAGGGUGCUGGAAGCUUUUUUUUUAUCCUAGCAUAAUAGAUGACCAAUGUUUACAAGUUUAAAUUGACAUAAAUUAGUUCGUUAGAUGUGUUGAGUUGAGGUUUUAAAAUUCUCGACAGAGGCACUAGGUGGAAUGUCUUACACUUGCACAGUAUUCAAAUUUCAGGAAGAAGUGACAAUGGCUCACUCAAAUAGACCUGGUUAUUAAAUAAGCGUGUCAGUGAGAGCCAUUCGCAAACAUAGAGAUACUUGUAGAGCUUGCCUUUGCUUCACGUCAGAAAACAUCAAUUUGAAUGUUUAAUAUUACUUCAGCUGUUCUGUUUUUUUCCCUAGUUUGAUUACCAUUCUAUAGUUUUGUACAGUGGAAGGAAAGGUUUGUCUGAAGUGAGGCACAGUUGACUUUCCCUUUUAAGUUUCUAUUUGCAAUCGGCAAUAUAGGAAAGUACCUAAAUAUUCUGCCUCUUGCACAAGACAGCCUGGUUAGAUGUUUGUUACCCACAUUUUUACAGUGUUACAAGAUUGUUAGCCAAAUCCCUGGUGACCAAUCCUAAAACUUUCUGAAAGGUUCAGUCUUACUGACUUAAACUGCUGCUAAAAAAGUUUGUGCAACAUUUAUGCAGGCUUUUCUUUGCAAUAUUUAUUCAUUUGAUUUUUAUGAUAUUUAGCAUUGUGCAUUUGUUAAACUAAAGAGAACAUGAACAGUGAUCCCAUAAUAAUAAAGCAGAACAUUUUAUUGUUGUAUGUCAAAAAGAUCAUUAAACGUUGAAGUGCUGUAAGCAUUUCUUUUAUGGUUUGCAAAUAUUACCGGGGCUUCUGAAUUGGUUUUUACUCUAUAUCUGAGUUUGAAACAGUCUUAAAAUGAAUUUGAAUAGUGCUUUUACAUCGGCCAUAGUACAGGCUAGAGCUGUUUCCUCUUUAAGGCACAGCACUUUUUUAUGUCUGAUGGCUGUAAAUUAUAAUUUUCACUGAUGACAUUGGGACAGUGUCCACUGGUAGUUUAUACACUUUUGAAUACAGUUUGUGCUGUAAACGUGCAGUACAUGCUAACUUGUAAUAUCUAUACAUUGUAAUAAAUGAUUUUUUUGUCACAGAAGACCAAUGAAUGUUUGGUAAUGGAUGCUUUAUAAUGGAUGAAUAAAUAAACCAAAACAUUGUAGUUACAGCCUUCAGUCAGUUUUCCUAUUUCUAUUGUUACCUGUCGAUGAAAAGGAAACUGAAAUGGGACCGUCUUAUGCAAAAAAAAUCACUCCAUUAACCUGUUUCAAUGAGUCUAUCUCGUUAUAGUCUGGCAAGUUGGAAUUUAUCUGAACCUACAUAUUUAUGUGUAUAGUUGAAUAUUCACCUGAAAUGAGAACAAUGUUGGAAAUAUUAGACUCCCAUAUGUAUCAGUGAGGUUUUGAAUAAAUGCGGUACUUGUCAAACUAAAA